UCUAUGACAGCAGGCUGCAGCUGUCCAAAUCCCAGGUUGCUGAGUAAAUCCAUUGCAUCCACAGGUUAAUAAACUAGCAUGCUAGCUAGUCUCUUGGAAAAGGUGGGUCGCUUGAAAACGAUUUGUUAACUAGAGAAUUACACGUAUGUCCAUUAAUUGGCAGAAGACAAGUGACGAAUAUUAUGAAGAAUGCAUAACUUUGAAAGCUGUGCUCGUCGACAAAAAGCAAACCAGGCAAGAUCGGGUCAUUUUCAACACAUUGAAUUCCCAGUGAGGUGUUUUUCUAAGCUCCAUGGACACCUUGGAUAGUAGGAGUGAGCCCCGGUAUUCUGAUGGCGAUCACAACCAUUGGCUGAUGGAGAGACCGGAAGACAUGGAUCAGAGGGGCCGGGAGGGGUGGCGGCUGGUAGAUGUCCUGCUCUCCGGGGGUGCUCCAUGGGGAUUCACACUCAAAGGAGGCAGAGAGCACCGAGAACCACUGCUCAUCACAAAGGUGGAGGAGGGCAGCAAGGCAGCAGCGGUCAGCCUCCAGGUUGGAGACGAGAUGGUGAACAUCAACCAGGUCCCUCUGAGCGGUUACAGGCAGGAGGCCAUCUGCCUGGUCAAGGGAUCAUACAAGACCCUCAAUCUGGUUGUCAAGAGGAAUAUGAGAAUGGUGGAUUUAGUAGCUACUGGAAAAAUGCCCUCUGAGACUGAUGUCCAUGUGGCCAGGAGCUUUCUCAACAAGAUAUUACGAAGUUCCAUGAGGAGGAAUGAAGCCGUAAGCAGGCCUCACUCCUGGCACGCCACCAAGUUCAACGAGAGCCAAUCAGAGACUGCCAAAACUCAGUCUCCGCCCCCACCGGUCUGGCAGACCGGAUAUGAUGCAAGCUUCUCCUCUACCAACCUCUCCUCGACUGGCUGGGACCAGAACCAGACUAACCUACGGCGAGUAUCAGACCAGUUCAGCUCUCUGGGCAGCAUGGACAGUCUAGACGUCUCCCACCACCCCUACCCCCCUGGACACCAAUCCCCAGGACGCUUCUCCCCGGUCAAGUCCAACACCAGCACGGAGCACCUGGGAGGGGGCAAGAGGGACUCUGCAUACAGCUCCUUUUCCACCAACUCUGGUACCCCAGACUACACCCUCUCCAAGACACCAGACCACACCCUCCCUAAGACACCAGACCACACCCUCCCUAAGACACCAGACCACACCCUCCCUAAGACACCAGACCACACCCUCCCUAAGACACCAGACCACACCCUCCCUAAGACACCAGACCACACCCUCCCUAAGACACCAGACCACACCCUCCCUAAGAGCAAUGCUGCCUCCACAGAGAACAUGCUGUGUGAGGUGAACCAGUGGGAGUCAGGGGGCCGGCCCAGUAACAGCAGACAUGUCCUGCCUGACCCUCUCACUACUCAGGCUGAGAGGCCAGGGUAUCUGCAACUGGCUGGGGGACAUGGGGCCAACAUGGUCCGGGACAGCCCCUGGACAGCGGAGCAGUCAGGGUCAGGUUCUUCCCACUCCUCCAGCUCUACUAGGGCUAGCUGCGGUCCCGUCUGGCACGUUCCGGACAAGAAGAAAACCUCCGAUCCCCCUCCCCCACCGCCCGUACGCAGUCACAGUUUCGCUGCUACGAAGUCCCAUGAGAAUGUUCUGGUUAUAGCCUGUCCAGAGGGACCCGGUGCUCACACCCAGCCCAAGGCCCAUGGUGAAGGAAUGGAUAACUCUGAUAACUCACAAUGCACCAAUGACUCUCGGCGUAGCCAUCACAACUUACCCUCCAAGAACAACAUGGUCCCUCCUUACAUUUCACCAAAGAACUGUCAUCCCAACCAGGUGAACUGUAACAAGCUUUGCUCCCUGUCCAGUAGUGAUGUCAGGCUGGGCCAGCUCCCCCCUACCUACUUGCCCUGCCACCAGAGACAGUACAGUAAUGAGAGCUCUCUCUACUCCCACCCCAGGACUUGGUCUGUCCCCAAACAGCAGAACGUCAGCAUCUGCUACAGCAGCAUGCAGGAGCUCCCCACCAACUACAAUGCCCAGAACACCCAGCUCUACAGCCAGACCCCAGACAGCACUGGAGACAGCCGGUACUACUGUGUGACGGCCAGACAGCCUGGUCAACCGGUCACCCAGGCCCUGCAGGUCAAGACUGACGAAAGGAGGGGUGGAGGGGGCAGAGAGGAGGGUGUGGAGGGUGGCGGUGAAAGGAGGAGAACAGUGAGCAUCGUACAGGGUGGAGGAGAUAAGAAGUCACUCACUCCCCUGGGGUCAGGGGUUACCAAGGCUAAGUACCAGCCACCUCCACUCCUCAACAACGACAGUAAGGGAUACAGCAGACAGGAUGACUGCUCCCGCCACAAACAGCCAGCUACCGUUUGUCCCUCUGCUGUACUGGAGUCCUCUACAGGCCAGCCCAGCCUGAAGAGGAACAACAGUCAGACUGCAGAGCCCCACUGUAUGAGUUACCCCCCGAGAAGACAGUCUCUACAACCUCUUCAGCAGGACACCAUACACCGUCAAGAGAUGCUGCCAGAUAGUCAGAUCUGCCCUCAGACCACCAGCGGCCUCAGCAACUCAGGCCUCGUACCCAGAGACUAUUCCAGUGUGGAGACUGUAGAUCUCUCCAGUAACCAGUGCACCAGGACUGACCGGUUCGCCACCACCCUGAGGAAUGAGAUCCAGAUGAGACGUGCCCAGCUGCAGAAGAGUCAGAGCGCUGCCUCCCUGAGUGGACCCUGUGAGGCGGAGGAGAACCAUGAGGUGCCAGAGGUCUGGAGGCCCAAAGACACCACCUCUUCUUCAGAUGGCUCCUUCACCUCCACCUAUAAGGACCAUCUGAAGGAGGCGCAGGCCCGCGUGCUGAAGGCCACCUCGUUUAGAAGGAGAGACCUGGAGCCUGUCCUUCUGGAGCACCCUGUGGCAGAGGCAGGGUCCCUGCCGGACUACUCCUCCUCUGGUCUGGGGAGGAGCGACAACUCUAACCCCCUGUCCAGCCUCUCUGAGGGCCUCCCAGCCAGGUCUGGCUCUGCCCAGAGUCAGGUGACCCGUAUUGGAAGCAGGAAGCGUUUCACCACGGAGAAGAAGGUCCGGUGUUUCUCUGAGCCAGACAAAAUCAAUGAUGUGGGGGUGAAGGAGGAGCUGACCCCCCCUAAGACUGCAGACUCCUUGCUGAACCGACGCUCCACCCCCAGACCUGCCUUCACCAGACCCCUCCCUAAAACUGCCCUGCCAGGCCCUGUAGAGGACUGUGGAGAGGGCAAAGAGAUAGCCAGGGGUGAUUGUGACAUGUCCGGCAGCAGGAAGGAACAGAGAGAGUGUCAGGGACAGGACCACAGACAGCAGGCCCUUCUGGAGCUGCAGAGACUGGGGACCUUUGCUGAGUACGAGACCACCUGGAACACCCAGAAGAAAGCAGCUGAGACCAGAGCCUCAGGACGCUCACACUCUGCUGAUAACAUCCUGGAUCCUGGAAAAGAUGACAGGACCAAACCAGCCCCAGUCCACGAGAGGUCCCGAUCCUCACCCUCCGCUGACUUCUAUGACAAGAGCCACGUUCCAGGGAGGAAGUCAGCAGAAUAUUCCCAACUGGAGAGCCAACCUGCCCAACAGGACAACAACACCACUGCGAGGUUGUCUGACAGAUGUCGUGUUGGAGAAUUCAGAGGAAGAGUGAAGAGAGAAAAGGCUCUGGAACCUCUGGAGCUGAAAGACUUCCCAGAACCCCCUCCACCCGUGACCAACGAGGAGAGCCCUGACAUCAGAUCCACUUCUGCCCCCUGCCCUGCCUACCACAGUCCCACAUCCAUCUCUUACCAGCACCUGGAAACUGACUUCCCUCCCCCAGAUGAGUCCUACACCGAGCCCAAGACCUCAAUACCCCAGCUUCAUAUUCAGCUGCAGUCUGGUACCAGGAGGAAGGGUCCGCUCCCCCCACCCAGACAAGACCAUUCAAGACAUCCACAGAACACCCACUCCCAGGAGUCUCUGUCUGGCUCUCAGGGCGGAGCUUCUGCCUCCCACGCCCCGGUCUCCUCCCACUUUGCCUCUGGUCCCACCCACUCCCCAAGGGGGGAUUCUGAGCAGAGCAGAGGAUUGGUGGAGAGGGAGCAGGAGACGGUACACCAGGUAGUGCCAUCCAAUCCUGAUCCAGCCCUUCCUGCCUUGCCCAGUAUGAGGUGCCAUCGUUCUCCCUCUCCUCAGUUUGCUCCUCCUCAGCUGACAGACAAGCCUCCUGUCUCUCUCCAGCAGCACCAUGACAACCCUGUCUCUCUCUCGGUCUGUCUGCACUAUGACCAAAACAACAGGAUGGAGAAUGUGAUCGAGCCAACCAGUGUGAGGAAGGUUCCUAUAAAGAUCAUUCACUCAGAGAGCGAGAAGGAGAAGGAGAGCCGACAGUACCUGGUGCAUCACAGUCACUCCACAGUGGAAGAAGCCCAGGGGCCCAGUCUGGUCCCCCUCAGCAGCCUGGGGACCUCAGGGGCCCCGGAACAGUCCUACUCUCUGUUCUGUGCCUACAGCCGGCAGAGGGACCAGGGGCCAGAGAGAGAGAAGACACUGGCCCCACCCAGUUACCCAGCCCCAGAACUGCCUACACCCCCACCCCCUUACCAAACCCCUGAGAUGGACCUGGAGCAACACAGAGACACACACAUGUGUCCUCUCAGGGUCCACAACAGCCAAAUGGCAGUCCUGGCCACAUCCCCACCCAGCCGACAGACCACCUCAGGCCCAGAGCCCCCCAGCGGUAACUGCGUGUCCCCUCCCGUCCCCCUCCCCCACUCUGAGGAGGAUGUGAAGACAGAGCAGCUGGCCAGAGACAUCAUGAAUAAGGAUCGGUCCCUAGCUGACAUCUUGGAUAAGAGCUGGAGGAGGACCACCAUGGACCUGAUGGAGGGACUCUUCCCCCAGGGAGAAGUGCUGCUGGAGGGGAAGGAGAGGAGGACGGUGUCCCUCAAACACUCCUCACCACGGCCUUCAGAGGACAGGAGUGAGGAGGACAGUGUAACGGCAGCAGUUUCUUUGGGGACCAGCUCCACCUAUUACAGCACGUCGGCACCAAAGGCUGAGCUUCUGAUCAAGCUGAAAGACAUGCAGGAGAGGGAGGGGCUAGAGGAGGAGCUGGAGGAGGAGUCAGCGGAUGAGUUAGACCACGACCUGGCCAAUAAAAAGCAGGAGCUGGUGGACUCUCUCAGCAGGAAGCUGCAGGUGCUGCGUGAGGCCAGGGAGAGUCUUCAGGAGGAUGUCCGUGAUAACAACGCCCUAGGAGAGGAGGUGGAGGCCACGGUGCAGCAGGUCUGUAUGCCAAACCAGCUGGACAAGUUCAGGAUGUUCAUAGGAGACCUGGACAAAGUGGUCAGCCUGCUGCUGUCCCUGUCCGGACGCCUGGCCAGAGUGGAGAACGCCCUCAACAGCCUGGAGGAUGGUACAUCACCUGAGGAGAGGAGAACCCUGACAGACAAGAGGAAGCUGUUGAUCCAGCAGCAUGAGGAUGCCAAGGAGCUGAAGGAGAACCUGGACCGCCGAGAGAGAGUGGUCUACAACAUCCUGGCUUCCUACCUCCCAGAGGAGAGCCUGACCGACUACCAACACUUUGUCAAGAUGAAGUCUGCCCUCAUUAUUGAGCAGCGCAAACUAGAGGACAAGAUUAAACUGGGAGAGGAGCAGCUCAAGUGUCUGAUGGACAGCCUGCCGCUAGAGCAGAGGAUGAGCCUGUAACCCCUGACCCCUGGAUCAGAGAAUGGCUCCAAACGCACAUGACUUCUCAAACUGUGUAUGAUGGACCUGACCACUCUGGCCUCACUGCAGUGGAACCCUAUGGCCACUAAGGGGCAGCAGAGAUUAGCAGAGAGGAGCAGCAGUACCCCACUAGAUGGCAGCAAAGAACAGAGCUCCAGACUGUAGGGGUUGUAAUGUUUAGUUGAAGUUUCCUCCUCAGUAUCUCAACACUGAUCUGAGUCUAAUGGAGCCCCACCAGAACGUGUGUGUGUGUGUGUGUGUGUGUGUGUGUGUGUGUGUGUGUGUGUGUGUGUGUGUGUGUGUGUGUGUGUGUGUGUGUGUGUGUGUGUGUGUGUGUGUGUUACACACACACACACUAAAUAAAGGUUAAAUAAAUAAACAAAUAAUAAUACAAUAAAACCCAACAUGAAACAAUUUCAAUGAUGUUACUGAGUUACAAUUCAUAUAAGGAAAUCAGUCAAUUGAAAUAAAUUCAUUACGUCAGAA